GAUGACCAGAUCCUUAAAAGGGUGUAGAAGUCACCACAAAAAAUAUUAGAUAGAUUUUGUGUCAAGGUCCUGUUCAGCCAAUGCCUCAUAUUCCUUUUACUACUACCACAUCAUGGUGGAAUCCUCAGGGACAGCAGUUCUUUCAGCCAUUAUCCAAAAGUUUAAGCUUAAAAGUAGGAUCUCCUCGUGAAGCAAGUGAAGAGGGCAAUAAUGGAAGUGAAACCGGUCAUCAUCCUCAAGACCUGGACUCAUCCUCAACCCAGUCACACUCCACUACUGAUCAAUCUCACCAAGAAGUGUCUGCUAUUGAUUACAACGGUCCACAUGAUCAAUACUUUUCAUCUGAUUCAGCGGCUCAAGGCAGAAGCUACAGCAAGCAUGUAGAAGGUCAAGUGAAGCCGGUAAUGGUUUUUUCAAAUCCAUGUUUUGGCAUUGACCGAUCUCAAGCUGAAUUAAAUCCGUCAAUGGUUCAUAUUCCAUAUGCCUAUGGUGAUCCCUAUGUUAAUGGACUAUAUACUGCUUAUGGACCACAAGUAACUCCUCAGGUUGUGGGCGUACCACCUGUACGAGUCCCACUGCCUAUUGAACUUGCAGAUGAUGGUCCGAUAUAUGUCAAUGCAAAACAAUACAAUGGGAUUAUGAGGAGGCGACAAGUGCGUGCCAAGCUGGAGGCUCAGAACAAACUCCUCAAAAGUAGGAAGCCUUAUCUUCAUGAGUCUCGGCAUCGCCAUGCAGUGAACAGGGUUAGGGGAACUGGGGGCCGCUUCCUAAGCAAGUCCGAACAGUCAAACCCUGCUCACCCCUUCAACCACAAUCUUGGUUCCCGCCCUGUCAAUCAAGCAGAAACAGGCAAAGGCGAAACCUCAAAGGAUUCUUCCUCAAGCAUCAUGUGUGUUGACAACAACAAUGAAUCCUCUUUCCAGCAUCCAAACCUGAUGUACAUGUCUUCCAACACGGGCAGAGGAUUUAUGUACGAGGGGACUCCACAACGAUCAUCUCCAGUAGUUCGGUGAGAAAUGGAAAAAGCAAAUGACCAUGUCACCGGCUGGGCAACUCAUCCUUGGCUUUGUAACCUUUCAACUUAAAAACGUUCCUUUAUGAAGCAUAUAUACCACUUCUAGCAUGUAGUAAAGAAGUCUGAUGCUUCGUAUUUCUAUCCUUGAUAUACUGAGGGAUCUGGACCGCACAGGAGGAUUUGCUAGUUCAUGCACUUUAGCUGUUUAAUUGUGAUCCUAUUUGUUGCUUAUAUAACUUGACUCUUUUGGUUUCUGUUGCAA